AUGUCCAAACUUACUGUCUACGCUCCGCCACCGGAGGUCCGGUCAACGCUCUUCAAGCACCAUCCCCCCGACGUAAUCCCUCCCACAAGCGAGCUGGAGCAGCUGAACAUGGAGCUCCGCCUCCUCAAGCAGAAAGUGAUUGAGCGCUCGCACAAGGCCGAGAACGACCUGCGGAUCGUAGAGGAUUCUCUCCGCCGGAUGAAGGAGAAGGAGGCCAACCGCUCGGUGGAUAAGAUCAAGAGGGAACAUGACUAUGGUAUGUGGUACAUCUUCUCAUAUCUCUAG